UCCAGCCACAGACUGCCGCCUAGCCCACAGCAAUGAGCCGGGUCUGGCCGCUGCUGCUGCUGCUGGUUGUGGUUGGCUCGGGGCUAUCUCCCGGAGCCCGGGGAAAGCUCGGUAAAUGGGAGCAGCUGGAAGCUGUGAAAAGGGGCAUUCUGGAUUCCCUGGGACUGGCGCAGCCGCCGCUCAUCCGCCACCGAGCGAGCAAAGAGGAGGAACAGAACAUGCUGCAGCUCUUCCUCCGCCAACACAGCGACAGCAACCUGUCCGCCCGCUCCAGCAGCACCAUCCUACAGCAGAGACUAGCCGUCAGGGUCAAAACAGCCAGGGACAGUGGAGCGACUACACAUAGAGAGAGACAGUUUACUGGAAAGUACACCCUCAGUAUUGCCAGGACUAAGCUCCUUUACCCAGGUUUAAAGGUGGUACGUGCUGAAUUAAAAUUUCACAAACGUCUCCAAAUUGCCCAGCAUCUGGAAAAGUUAAAUUGCAGUUCAGGAAGGUGGGCAAAUGUUUACAGGAUUUUGGAGCACAGGAAUCCGGGAGGAGAACAUUUGGAGCUGAUCGAUUCCAGAGUCAUAGACUCUGGGCCCAUCACUACGUUCAUUCUCAAUGUCCAACCACUUAUUCAGCUCUGGGUAGAUAGUGGACAGCAGCAAGUCCAAAUGCAGCUCGAACUGUCCUCACUUCACCCUGACACAUUGCUGCUGAGCUUAAUCACAGAUUUGAACAAUGAUCUGAAAUUGGAAAUCGAGACUGAGGAACUACAAAGCAUCAGGAGAGCGCGACGAGCAACAAGUUCAACUGAGGAUUGUCUCAGGAGACAGAAGAACUGCUGCAGAAAGUCUUUGCUGGUGUCUUUUAAAGAGAUUGGGUGGAAUGAUUGGAUCAGAGCACCAGAGUCCUACAAUAUGUAUAACUGUGUGGGAUCCUGCCAUGCCAAUUACAAACCGGCCAACAUGCACGCCAUGAUUAAAUCUGCCAUGCACAAGCUCUCUGGUGGAGCCAGACCAGCACUGUGCUGCAAUCCUGCUACCUAUGAACCAAUGACACUGCUACACUAUAGCAGCGAGGGCAAGCUCACACUCACAGCCUUUGAUAACAUGAUUGUCACCAAUUGUCACUGCUCCUGAUAUCACUGGCACUCAUUCCAUCAUUAUUCACAUUGCCCAAUAACACGUCGCUAUCCACAUUGACCAAUCACCUGUUGUCAUCAGUGUUUACAGUAUAUUCUCCAUUUAAGAUUAUUACUGGUAACCUGUCAACUUGGAUGGAAGAUUGAAUGGCUGGUAGAAUACAGAGAGGAUGUUUUUCAAGUUGGCAAGAUGUGCCUAGUGGAAAAUCACAGGGGAAUAUGCUGGCCCCUCAAUGUUUUCCAAAUUAUUGCUUUAAAUUAGGGAAUUGGCCAAUCUUCUCGCUAUGCUGGUCUGUCAUCCCUACACCACGAUCUCCUACUUUGUGAAAUGACCUUUUAUGUGGCACGUUAUUCAAUGCUUUCUGAAAAUCCAAGUCAAACUGCACAUU